AUAUGUGCAAAUCCUACCUACGCUGGAGGCUCCUUCGCGGUGUAAAAUUGUUUAGACUUUUGAUAAAAGUCAAAUAUGGCGAACUUGAGUAUUGUGGUGUCUAAUAGUGAACAGUUUUCUGUGAGAUUUGGUGUUUUAUCCUAAAUUCAUACAGUAUAUUUGUGAAGGCUUUAAUUCUGUGAGUUAUUGUGGGAUUUGUUUUGGUAAAUUGACUGUAUUUAUUGCAUUAAUUUGGUUUCCGAAAUAUAAAUGGAUGUAAAUAACAUAAUAUCCGAAAUAAAAGAUGGCGAUCCGCCGCGAUCUCUGGUUUUGAUAGAAGCGCCCUCUAUUAUAAGCAUAACAAAACCUAAAUCAGACGGCAACGCUAAAAAAAAGAGACGUCGCGGAAAAACAAAGCGGCAAAUAAUGAAACCGUAUCUCAAGAUUUCUUGGCAAGAAAGAAGAAAAAAUGAAGUCCGAAGUAAUUCUAAAAGAAACAAGCGAUAUCGUAAAAUUGUCUUGGCUAAAACCCAGGCACCCUGUAAUAACAAUCAGUUUCUAAUGGAAAUCCACAAACCAGAACCGGAGAAUAGUUUUAAUAUCUUCCGAACACCAUCGGCUCGUACUCGUGACUCUAGUUUUAGCGUCGAUUCUGAAGAAAAUUACUUUUUUUCAUUACCAGAAGAUGAGGAAGAAUAUUUAACAAAGGAAUUUUCUAGUGUUUAUGAAGAUGCACAGUGUGAAAGGUUAUCAAAUAUGUCCAAAAAUGAACUCAUUGAAGAAUAUCUUAUUUUGGAAGCAAAGUAUGAUACCCUUCUAAAAAGGACUGAGCGUUACAAUGGAAGGGAUAAUGAAGAGGAGAAAACUGCUGCCAUUCCAGACAAAGAAGUGCCUCCAGAAAAAAGCAAUGACCUACUUGAGAAGGAUGCCUCUGUAGGGUCACUUUUACCAGGUCCAACAGAAGAGCAAUCAAUGUCUGACAUCUUGCAACGUUUGAAGCAACAAGAAGAGAGAAUUAAUGAACUUGAGCAAGCUAAUGAGAAGUUGAAAGCUGAAAAUGAACAUUACCAGCACCAGGCCCAGAAUACCAGUGAGGAUUCAGAAAGUGAUAGUUCGUCUAGUUCAGAUAGUUGCAGUAGUUCCAGCUGUUCAAGUCCAGAGCAUGAUGUUGACGAUACCAUUAAUGGCACAGAACCAGCAGUACAUAUGAAUGGGGAUGAUGACUCUGACAAUGUUCACUGUGAACAGCCACUUGUUAAUGGAUUCCAUAAACCUACAGAAUAGGUAUUUUUAAUCUAUUCUUGACACAAGAGUUACAAUCCAAUCUUCAGGUUGUAAUCUGUUUAGUUGUAAUCAUAAUACAUAUACAUGAUAUAUCUCAUUAAUGCACAACUUAAUUCUGAUCAUGUGUAUUUAGAAUUCACAUGAUCAUUUUAAACUACACAAUUUAAUAAUAAGCUAGUGAUUAUAAUAGGCCCCUUAAACUCUUUGUAAGUUGAAAUCUUUUAGAAAUAUGAUUUAUUUUAUGGACUUUGGUAGUGUAAACUGUAAGAAUGUAAUUGUGAGAUCUCAUUAGAUAUAGUUGACAUAUUUUGAUGUCCAUUUUAAUUUAUUUGAUAUAAACCACAUUAAUAUUCCAUUGUUAGACAAAAAACAUCAUCAUUUCUACACAUCAUAAAACAUUUCAUUCAAUAAAUAAUUUGAGGGUCUAACUGUAUUAAUAUAACAAUAAAAUAUUCCAAGUAUGGAUCUCACUUUUAUAUUUGUGCAGUGUAAUUUUAUGUAAAUAGAUAUAGAUAAUAAUAUAUGUUGUGUAUAAAUUAAAAUAUUGUUACUUCUAUUUAUAUUAAGUUUAUAUGAUACCAAAAUUAUGAUUUUAGGCAGUUUGUAACAUUCUAAUAAAUGUAGAUUUUGCAUGUAUUGGUAGAAUGGUGAGCACAAUAUAUUAUUAUUAUUUAAAAGGUCAUAGAUGUUGCAUACAUAUGCAUUGGUAUUUGUUGAGGAAUAACAUUUCAUAUUAAACUUAAUUAUAUCUUGCUACAAUAACUAGAUGUAUGUCUAAUUGUAUAACAUUAUUUAAAAAAGUGCUUAUAAACUUCUCAAUAUUAAAAGAAAUAGAUUUUAAUAAAGAGGAAUAAACUGAUUAUGUUGCUAAAUUA